AUGGCAGCUUUCAACCUCACCCCCUCUGAGCCUUCAACAUUCUUCCUGACAGGCAUCCCUGGCCUGGAGGCUGCCCACAUCUGGAUUUCCAUCCCUUUCUCUACAUUCUACAUUAUCAGCCUGUUGGGAAACUUCACACUUCUGUGUGUUGUAGGUAAGGAGCAGACCCUACACAAGCCGAUGUACCUGCUGCUCUGCAUGCUAGCGCUCACAGACAUCGCCACACCUACCUUCGUCGUGCCAAAGGCACUGUGUAUAUUUUGGUUCAAUUUGAAAGGCAUUACUAUGGCUGGCUGCCUCACCCAGAUGUUCUUCCUCCACACGGUUUCUGUUAUGCACUCAGGCACCCUUGUGACAAUGGCCUUCGAUCGUUACGUUGCCAUAUGUAACCCUCUGAGAUACGCCACCAUCCUCACCAACGCACGAAUAGCUAAGCUCGGGCUUGUGGGUCUGAUAAGAGCUGUUCUGUUCAUUCUGCCUCUGCCCCUGAUCCUGAGUCAGCAGCCAUUCUGUGCCAACCGCAUAAUCCCCCACACGCAAUGUGAGCACAUAGCUGUGGCGAAGAUAGCAUGUGGGGACAUCACAGUCACCAGGAUAUAUGGCUUGGUGCUAAUAUUUGUAAUCAGUGGGUUUGACCUGACGCUCAUUGCCCUGUCCUACGGUCUGAUCAUCAGGGACGUCCUCAGAAUCUCCUCUAAGAACGCCCACCAGAAAGCCCUCAACACUUGCACAACCCACAUCUGUGUGAUGCUGACAUAUUAUACCCCUGGCCUCUUCUCCAAUCUCAUCUACCGGCUUGGUCAAGGCAUCACUCCCCAUGUUCACAUCAUCUUGGCUGACCUCUAUCUCCUCAUCCCUCCCAUGCUCAACCCGAUCAUUUAUGGGGUCAGAACCAAAGAGCUUCGUGACAAAGUAGACAAAUACACCUGCUGCAGAAGGUGA